GCCUAUGCCCACCUACCGCGUAGAUGCUGACAAGGGCUUCAACUUCUCCCUCGCAGACGACGCCUUCGUGUGUCAGAAAAAGAACCACUUCCAGGUCACUGUGUACUGCGGCAUGCUGGGAGAUCCCAAGUACAUCAAGACCAGUGAGGGCCUGCAGCCCAUAGACUGCUUUUAUCUCAAACUCAACGGGGUUAAGCUGGAAGCAAUGAACCAGUCCAUUAACGUGGAGCAGUCCCAGUCAGACCGCAGCAAGAGACCCUUCAAACCAGUACUGGUCACACUGCCCCCGGAGCAGGUUACCAAGGUAACAGUGGGACGCCUACACUUCAGCGAGACCACAGCCAAUAACAUGAGGAAGAAAGGCAAACCCAACCCUGACCAGAGGUAUUUCAUGCUGGUGGUAGCGUUGCAGGUCCAGGCCCACAGUCAGAGCUUCACGGUGGCCGCGCAGGUGUCCGAGAGGAUCAUCGUCAGGGCGUCCAACCCGGGUCAGUUUGAGAGUGACAGUGAGGUGCUGUGGCAGCGCGACCAGCUACCUGACUCAGUGUACCACCACGGCCGGGUCGGGAUCAACACCGACCGGCCAGACGAGGCCAUGGUCAUCCACGGUAACCUGAAGGUCAUGGGGUCACUGGUGCACCCUUCCGAUAUACGGGCUAAAGAGAAUGUCCACGAGGUGGACACUACAGGCAACCUGAAGCGGAUCAGUCAGAUGAGGCUGGUUCAUUAUCAGUACAAGCCUGAGUUUGCUUCCAGCAUGGGCAUCGACUCCAGCCCGGAGACUGGAGUGAUAGCUCAGGACGUGCAGCAGAUCCUGCCUGAAGCUGUGAAGGAGGGCGGAGAUGUGAUCUGCUCUAACGGAGAGACCAUCCCUAAACUACUGGUGGUUAACAAGGACCGUAUCUUCAUGGAGAACGUAGGAGCAGUGAAAGAGCUGUGUAAACUGACUGACAACCUGGAGACUCGUAUAGAUGAACUGGAGCGUUGGAGCAGGAAGCUGGCCAAACUCCGCCGUCUGGACAGCAUGAAGAGUACCGUCAGCGGAGGCACCACCAGCCAAUCAGGAAGCCAGUUCAGCAGGACAGGAAGUGUCCCUCUGAAGAAGAAGACAGUCAAACCUGGGAGCAAGAGUCUGACCCCAGAGCAGGGCUGUAUCAGCCACAGGGUGAUGCAGGGAAUCAUUCUGGCUCUAGUCGUCGUCAUGACCUUCAGUGUCAUCUCCAUGUCCGUCCUGUACGUGUUGACACUGCACCACAGAGGCGACGUCUCUGAGAAGGCUGG